AUGGCAUUUCUGGUGGGUUUUGGCUUAGACGUCAUCGGCAAUCGCGAUUCUCGUCGAGUUUUCAACACAGACAUACUUUCCAUUAGAAACUUCGUAACGAAGAAUCCACGACCAGCACGCUACAUUAGGGACAUGGGCAGGCCCCGACUUGCUCCAGGUAAUCGAAGACUCGAAUGGAUUUGUGAUUGUGGGAAAAGACUGUAUGGCGACUUUGACAACAGCAAUCCCGCAUCCAUUGAGACUUUGCAAGACUCUCUGACAACACACGCAAACGAAGGAGGAUCUAGCAACGCACCUCCAGGGUCCAACGUCACAUCAAAUCAAGAGCAUUCCGUUGCCGGAGACUUAGGCGUCCGAAAACCUCAGUAUCGUAGCAAGGGAAAGACUCCGGAAAGGCGCCCCGCACCACUAGGUACAUCACAAAAUCCGAUUUCUGACUUCACAAGACCGCCUCAGUGGUUUGAAUUGCUAGCAUACUCGAGGAAAGGUGAGAAAACGCUUGGUGAGAUUUCCUUAGUGGAUAUCAAAACGGACGGAGAGCUGUUCCGAACGAUCAAGCAGAGGUACAACUCCAUCAGGGGAUCUCAAGCAAAGUAUCUCUACCUACUGAAACCAGUGGACAUACAUUUCGUACAGUUCUCUCUACAAGAUCGCUACCGGGCCUUCAUUCAUGACGCUCCCAGGAGUUGGCCACCUGCUGAGGCCACACUGAAAGGCCAAUGGGAAUACGAGAUCCCAAAGACAGGGCCACCGGUGCCACCACCGCCAAUUCCACCGGACGCGUUCUUUCACCAUUUCUGGAGCGAUGAGAAGCUGCACCGACGCGCGAUAUGGCUACGUCGGAUGCCAAAGAAGUUAGGUCACGAUAUAAGAUCCGAGCCACUCGAUCUGCCUGUAGGCUGGGGCAUUCUCAUAAUCGAAGGACUCAACAAAAAGAAAGCUUCAUGGAUUUUGUUCUCUGCAAUGGCUGUGGUGUUUAUACUCGGUACAUUCUGGUCUAUAUACAAGCAACAAGGAGUCAGUAUUUCGAUACUGGCGCUCAUGGUCCUGAGUCUCGUGGGCUCAUUAUUGACGUCUGAGUUCUUUGCACAGCUUGGGGAAUAG